UCAAACAGAGGCUGGGUAUAAAAUGUGUCGUGGUGUCCAGUUCAUCAUUCAGUCUUCAGCUCCUCGUUGAACACAAACGAACAUCAAACAUGUCUACCUUCGCUUUUGUGUUCCUCUGCAUCCAAGCUUGCUUGGUCCAGCAUGUGUUCAGUCAGUGCACCAGCCCCGCAGCUGUUGUUGAAGCUCCCUUCGGUCUGGCCGCUCGUGGUCUGGCUGGUCCUCUUGGCUGGGCUGCUCCUGGCCUUGCUGCUAACGGUCUCAUUGCUCCCGGCCUUGCUGCUCGUGAACUUAUUGCCCCUGGCAUUGCUGCUCCCUUCGGUCUGGCUUCUCCUUUAGCUUACGAUGGUCUGGCCUACCCUGGAGCUGCUCCUUACGGCGGUGCUGGUGAAGGCAACGUGGCGGUCGCUGGUGAGCUGCCAGUCGCUGGUACUACCGCCGUCGCUGGUCAGGUCCCCAUCAUGGGCGCUGUGAGCUUCGGAGGACCUGUGGCUGCUGCUGGCUCCGUCUCCAUCACUGGACAAUGUGCUUGCGGAUGCAAUGCUCCCAUCUACUACUAAAGAAAUAACUCUUCAAUUAUUGAAACACGCUGAAACUGAAAUAAAUGACGAAUACUAAAAGAAA